UUGAACCGUAUAGAACCGGCCGGUUGUUGGCUAAGACACGGUGGCGUCGAGAAAAUGGUUGGCUGGCGACUAGGUGCAAUUCAGCAAUUUCUAGGAUCGGUAGAGCCCAAAGAGCUUGGAAGCACGAGGCGCCAAACGAAUCUGUCGAGACCUCUUCAGCUUUUGGCGUCGGUGGGGAUGGAUUUCAAGGAAAACUAUGUUGCCGUAACUGGGGGCGAAGGGGGCGUUAGCCCCCCAUGGGGUGGCUCUAAGCACGCCGACAUAGGGGAGCCUCGCGAGCGGGGAGAACCUCGACCCGACAACUUCCAGAAAUCCACUAGGGAUGACCGACCUGCCUCCCCCGAAAGCGAGAGAGGGGAGUUCAGCGCAGAUGGAAUGAUAGAGGGCGAGCUCGGUGUCCCGCGUAAGUCAUCUAGUGUUGUAGGAGCAGAGGGUGACGAUUGGAUGGAGACCGAGGAACAAAAUGGUGUGUUAUCCCGCGGUGGCUCGGAGGCAGAGGGUGAGCUGGCAUCUGGUGUUGUUGGCGUACAGAAUGAUGAAGAGGGGGAGAUCGAGGAACAGAGCGAUGUGUUAUCCUGCGAUGGCUCGGAUUUUUUUGAUCCACUGGACGUUCGCGAGGUCGGGCGGGGUGGCGACGGAAUGUNUCGGAGGCAGAGGGUGAGCUGGCAUCUGGUGUUGUUGGCGUACAGAAUGAUGAAGAGGGGGAGAUCGAGGAACAGAGCGAUGUGUUAUCCUGCGAUGGCUCGGAUUUGUUGGAUCCACUGGACGUUCGCGAGGUCGGGCAGGGUGGCGACGGAAUGUCCGGGUCUCCACCCCGGAGGAGCGACGCAGUUCAGAGCGAUGCUGAAUGGAGGCAACCACAGAUACUGCACUUCGGGGUGCGCCAGUGCGGAACAAGGUGUGGCUCUGGAGCAACCAAGGGUGAUUGGAGAGCAGACUGACGUCUUUGACGUCGAAGAGCUUAGAGAGGCGGAUGGGGUUGCGGGUGCAGGUGGAGCGGAGGAAGACACAGGCGGGGGCGUGAACCAGACCCUCGAACCCGUCCCCGCCGCGGAAAAUGCCGCGACGGCGCAAACCGGCGUCAGCAAAAACGGCGGGAAGAGGACGGCCAAAGGACUGACCAACAAACAGAGGAGGCUGAAGGUCGUCCCUCUCGGCGGGGUGGAGGGCCCUUGGGAGUCUCCAGGAAACCCUCAAGAGGGUAGUCGCAGUGACGUCCCCGCCAGGCUGACGGUGGUUCCGGCCGUACAGGAUGAAGGCAGCGGAGGGACGAACCAACACCAGUUCCAACCGCACACCUCGAAGGCAAAUCUGCAGGAGGCCAAGACCAAAGGAGGAGAACAGUUCUUUCCUAAAAGCGUCGGAGGAGAUUUGUUCUGGAGUAUGGUGGAGUGUGGCACACUAGGCCGUCCCGCAUGGCGCGCUCGUACAUCUGCCACGCUCGCAGCAGGCUAUGAACAAGGCUACGUUCUUCCAUUGUUCAACAGCCUCGGGGAAACCCUCGAUCUCAUCGCGGAGCAGAACUUGCAGGAGAAGGCCUUCAAUCAGACGGUGCGACACCAUUUGGGCCGUGUCUUCGACAAGGUCGUCAAGGCUAGGAAUCUGACAGGGGAGAUGAUCACGUCGAAAGCGAUCGCGAACCAUAUGUUGAAGCCGUACCUGACGGCCUCGAGUCCUGCAUCGGCGGCGGUUGGAUUGGCAGACGGGGCAAGGGACGCCGGAACAGCAAGAGAGGGUUCUGGAUAA